AUGAUGGGUUCUCAAGGACUUACUGACGCAUCAAAGAUAGCCAUUUUGAAUGCAAACUACAUGGCGAAACGAUUGGAGAGUUAUUAUCCAGUUCUUUUCCGUGGAGUCAAUGGAACAGUUGCUCAUGAAUUCAUUAUUGACUUAAGAGGAUUUAAGAAUACUGCUGGAAUAGAGCCCGAAGAUGUUGCGAAACAUCUCAUGGACUAUGGAUUUCAUGGACCAACAAUGUCAUGGCCUGUGGCUGGUACACUCAUGAUUGAGCCUACUGAAGGUGAAAAUUUGGGUUGUUAUGGUUCUGAGGAUUCAUAUGUGAGAAGGUUGAAUUGUGAAGUAGACAUUCAUAUGUGA